AUGAUCAAAAUAGUUUUAUUUGUUUCAAAUAAUCUUGAUGAAAGAGAUUUCAAAACUCAAGCUAUUUUUAAAAGAGAUAGCUAUUACUCUGUUGGUAGUAAGAUUGUACCUGAAACUUAUGAAGGCAAGAAGAGACUAAAAGAAUCACUUGUUUUUAUUGUUGAGCAAUUAGAAGUUAUUAAUAAUGAUUUUUAUGUUUAUGCUAAAGAUAUUAAUCUUGUUGAUACUAGUUUUUUUAAAAAAAGAAUUUUUGAUGAUAGUUCUAGUAAAUUAACUGAAGUUAUUAAUACUAUUCGAUCAAAACUUCUUUCUAUGUAUCACAACAUUAACGAAAGUCAGAAGGGUAUCAGUAAAGUUGAAACUUCAUUUUCAAAUAUUUCAAACAAUUCUGUUAAUAAUAAUUCUCAACCUGUAUCAUGUUCUAAGCAUGCAAAAAUUGAAUAUAGUGAUGAAUCUACAGAUAAUAAUGGUGUUGAGAAUAUAUCAGGAGACAAAAGAUAUAAAAAGAGCAAGAAUAGUAAAAAGAGUAGUGGUCAUCAUUUGCAUAGUGAUUCGAGAUUAUCUAAGUCUGAUGCAUAUAUUAUUAAUA